CGCCGCCAUGGACAGUACCACCUGGAGCUCCAUGACCAACGCCACUGCCGCACCCCUCGCGCCCCACGAGCGCAUCCGCAAUGCGGCCGACAUCUCUGUCAUCGUCAUCUACUUUGUGGUGGUGAUGGCUGUCGGGCUGUGGGCUAUGUUUUCCACUAAUCGUGGGACUGUUGGAGGCUUCUUCCUGGCAGGACGAAGUAUGGUAUGGUGGCCGAUUGGAGCAUCUCUCUUUGCCAGUAACAUUGGAAGUGGCCACUUUGUGGGGCUGGCUGGGACAGGAGCUGCUGCAGGCAUUGCCAUGGGAGGCUUUGAAUGGAAUGCACUGAUUUGGGUGGUUGUCUUGGGCUGGGUGUUUGUUCCCAUUUACAUUAAGGCUGGGGUGGUGACAAUGCCAGAGUACCUGAAGAAACGAUUUGGAGGCAAGCGGAUCCAGAUCUACCUCUCUAUUCUGUCCCUGUUACUCUACAUUUUCACCAAAAUCUCAGCAGACAUCUUUUCUGGGGCCAUAUUUAUCAACAUGGCCUUGGGUCUGGAUCUGUACCUGGCCAUCUUUCUCUUAUUGGCAAUCACUGGCCUUUACACAAUCACAGGGGGCUUGGCAGCUGUGAUUUACACGGACACUUUGCAGACGGCGAUCAUGCUGGUGGGGUCUUUUAUCCUGACUGGGUUUGCUUUUCACGAAGUGGGAGGGUAUGAUGCCUUCAUGAAAAAGUAUAUGAAAGCCAUUCCAACUGUGGUUACUGCGGGAAACCUCACCAUCAAAGAAGAAUGUUAUAUACCAAGAGCUGACUCCUUCCACAUCUUCAGAGAUCCCAUCAAAGGAGACCUGCCAUGGCCUGGGCUCAUCUUUGGGUUGUCCAUCCUUGCCCUGUGGUACUGGUGUACAGAUCAGGUCAUUGUGCAACGCUGCCUCUCAGCCAAAAACAUGUCUCAUGUGAAGGCCGGCUGUAUCUUAUGUGGGUACAUGAAGCUGCUGCCCAUGUUCCUCAUGGUGAUGCCAGGAAUGAUCAGCCGCAUCCUAUACACAGAAAAAGUUGCCUGCACCGUCCCCUCAGAAUGUAAGAAAUAUUGUGGUACUGAGGUUGGCUGUACAAAUGUUGCUUACCCGACGUUGGUGGUGGAGCUCAUGCCCAAUGGACUGAGGGGCCUGAUGCUGUCAGUCAUGUUGGCCUCUCUGAUGAGCUCCUUAACCUCCAUCUUCAAUAGUGCCAGCACCCUCUUCACCAUGGACAUCUACACUAAGAUCCGGAAGGGAGCAUCUGAGAAAGAGCUCAUGAUUGCAGGAAGGUUGUUCAUCCUGGUGCUGAUAGGUAUCAGCAUUGCUUGGGUACCCAUUGUGCAGUCAGCACAAAGUGGGCAGCUCUUCGAUUACAUCCAGUCCAUCACCAGUUACUUGGGACCACCCAUUGCAGCUGUCUUCUUGCUUGCUAUUUUCUGGAAGAGAGUCAAUGAACCGGGAGCCUUUUGGGGACUGGUCAUAGGAUUUCUGGUUGGGGUGUCCCGUAUGGUGACUGAAUUUGCCUAUGGAACUGGGAGCUGCAUGCAGCCCAGCAACUGUCCCACGAUUAUCUGUGGUGUACACUACCUGUACUUUGCCAUCAUCCUCUUUGCCAUAUCUGUCAUCGUCAUCGUGGUUGUCUCUCUCUUCACCAAACCAAUUCCAGAUGUGCAUCUCCACCGCCUGUGUUGGAGCCUGCGCAACAGCAAAGAGGAGCGUAUUGACUUGGAUGCAGGAGAGGAGGACUUUCAAGAAACCCCAGAAGAGACCAUUGAAAUAGAAGUUCCUGAGGAGAAAAAAGGAUGCUUCAGGCAAGCUUAUGACCUAUUUUGUGGCUUGGACCAGCAGAAGGGCCCCAAGAUGACAAAGGAAGAGGAGGAAGCUAUGAAGCUAAAGAUGACAGACACCUCUGAGAAGCCUUUGUGGCGAACAGUAGUGAACAUCAAUGGCAUCAUCCUGCUGUCUGUGGCUGUUUUCUGCCAUGCAUUUUUUGCCUGAGCCUUGCCUUCUGUGGCAGGUUGUAUUCAGGAAGGCCAGACUUUUUACUCUGCCUCCUUUAGUUCUAUUCUGUGGUGUUAAGCUGGUGGUAAAUGAGUCAGUUGUAAAUUUUGCCUUGUUGAUAAGUGUGUACAGCUGUAAUUACUAGGCUAACUAAAGAAAAUAAUUAAUUUGCUGUUAACUUAUGUGUUUGAGGCCAGUGUGAUAUCAUCAGCUGUCCAUAUUACAGCUGCAGAAGGAAAGCCCAACUCAGUCAUGUCCAGGAAAAUGAGCACCAAGAAAGAAGCCCUGCCAUGUGUGAUGCAAGUUUUUCUCAGGUAGAUUCAGAA